AUGAUUUGUAAAACCACUUUAUUAUGUCAUUUAAUAAUAAUCGUAACUGUCAUCCUAAAGGGCCAUCUAGCUAAGAGAUCCGGCAAAAGUUUCUAUUUCUAUAGCUAUAAAGUGGAAUUCGACAGCACCUAUAUACAGGACCAUCGCAUAAAUCUGCGAAAUACUUCGAUUGAUGUUCUUUUGAAUAUUGCCCAAGAUUAUCCUUGGGAUCCAUGGCUGAUGACAGCCUUUUCGGUUAAGGAUCGUAAAACGGAUAAUUUCCGUAAGCUGAUACAUUACGAUGUCAAUGUUUGCAGUAUUUUGGGACGGGCUGAUAAUAACCUGAUAACGGUGUGGAUACAAAAUUUUUUGAAAUUUGGAAAUCUGCCGAAAAGUUGUCCGAUUAAGAAGGGCAACUAUUCAUGGUAUAAAUUGCGACCGGAGAAAGUUUCCAUUCCUGAUGUCUUUCCCUCAGCAGAAUAUAAAAUGCAAAUCGAUACGUAUUUUCGCAAGGGCAAGGAACGUCAAUCGGUGGAUAAUUUAACGGUGGUGGGCGUACUGAAGUAG